AGCUUGUAUUUCUGUUGCCAUCUCCAGUUAAAAAAAUCUGGUUCAUAUAGUUGGACUGACCCACUUAGGGUUCGAAUAGUCAAAGGACAUCACAACUGGAUUGCAGUUGCUUAUGCGCACUUUGUGAGUUGUUAUAGAUUAAGAGACUCUGCUGGAUGGCAGUUAGCAUUUAUGAGUCCAUAUAUAGAACCUAUAGUGGACAGAAUAGCUCUAAAUGCCAAAGUUAUUGUUAGUAAUCCUGUUGAAAAUUGUACGAAAAUGCUAGCUAUUGCUUAUAGCUCCCAAGUAAGACUUUGGGGAAUCACUGAAGAAGGAAUUAAAUCUGAUAUUGGUACAUUCCAGUUUACUGCUUCAGUUGAUCAUUUAUUUUUUAUUGGGAGUCAGCUAGUUGCUUUAAGUCAUAUUGGAAAAGUAGGUGUUUGGCAUGCUAUGACUCAGCAUUGGCAGAUUCAGGAUGUAAUUCCUAUUACAAGUUUCGAUACUGCUGGUUCUUUUCUGUUAUUAGGAUGUAAUAAUGGAUCAAUUUAUUAUAUUGAUAUGCAAAAAUUUCCACUGCGAAUGAAGGAUAAUGAUUUGCUUGUGACAGAACUAUAUCAUGAUCCAUCUAAUGAUAUUAUUACUGCUAUCAGUGUCUACCUGACUCCUAAAACUAGCCUUUGUGGCAAUUGGAUUGAAAUUGCUUAUGGUACAAGCUCUGGAACCGUGCGUGUCAUAGUUCAGCAUCCUGAAACAGUUGGACAUGGCCCUCAGUUAUUCCAAACAUUUACUGUCCAUCGAAGUCCAGUGACAAAAGUUGUGCUGUCUGAAAAAUUCCUUAUUUCAGUGUGCUCUGAAUAUAACCAUGCAAGAACAUGGAGUGUGACAAGAUUUCGUGGAAUGAUUUCUACACAGCCUGGUUCCACGCCUCUAGCUUCCUUUAAAGUAAUCUCUUUAGAAGAUAUAGAACCAAAUAUUAGUUACUCAGCUGGAAAUGAUAGUGGACCAUAUGGAGAGCAAGAUGAUGAACAAGUUUUUAUUCAAAAAGUUGUUCCUGAGACAGAUCAACUUUAUGUCCGUUAUGCUUCUACUGGAAAAAGGAUCUGUGUCAUUAAAUCUGUUGACAAUACUACUAUCACUGCAUUUUGUGUUCAUGAAUGUGAAGGUUCAAAUAGAAUGGGGUCAAGACCCAGACGGUAUAUAUUCACAGGACAUAGUAAUGGUGUUAUUCAGAUGUGGGAUCUUACUACUGCUUUAGACUUAGCAGCUAAAGGAGAACUUACUUCAAAUCUUACUGGUGGACCAUCUCCUCGAGAACUGAUUCGUUUAUUAGACCAGUGUGAUCUGACAAAUUCUCACUGUUCUACACCUUGCAUCAGCCCAUCAAUAGCAAGUUCUGCAGCUGGUUCUCGACUAAAAGCAUCAAAUCUUGCAUUUUUAUGUCAUCAAGCUAAGUCAUUUUCUGAAACUGAUGCUUCUAUACCAGAAAAAGGGAAUGGUAGAAUAACACAUUGUUAACUUGAUCAUCAUGAAUGUUUUAAAUAUGUUGUAGAAAAAAAUAUUUUUUAUAAACUUUAAUAAAUGUGUUUUGACAUUUGA